AUGCAUUCUGAAGAUUGUUCCAUAGGAGAGAACAGUUCCUCACAUCUGGAGAAAGGAGAACAAAGUAAUGCCACUAGCUCCUAUUUUGCAACAUACCAUGAAGGUUCAAUUCAAGUUCCUAUUCCAUGUGCGGUAAUGAAUGUGGUCAUCAUCAUGAUUUUAAUAAUAGCCCUUAUUUCCUUGUCAGUGGGAAAAUACAACUGUCCUGACCCAUUAUCAGACACCCCUGUUUCUCAAUGCUCAAAUGACUGGAUCCAAUACCAAAUGAAGUGCUACUUUAUCUCCAGUAUGAAAGAUACCUGGACCAUGGCACAAAGAUUUUGCUCUAAACACAAAGCUACUCUAGUUGUCAUUGAUUCUGAAGAGGAGAUGAUCUUUCUGAAACAAUACGUGGAUAAAAUGAAAUACUGGAUUGGGUUGAAAAAUGAAACUAGUCAGACAUGGAAAUGGUCAAACAGCAAUGAAUUUAGCAACUGGUUCAACAUGACAAAGCCUGAAACUUGUCCAUUUUUAAAUAGCACAGAUGUCAGCAGUGCGGACUGUCAAAAGCCUUUACACUGGAUAUGCAACAAACCCUCCAGUUCAUGA